AUGGUUCAGUUUUUGAAAUAUUUUGGCAAUCUUGAGCGGAGCGAUUCAUUAAUUGAUCGAACGGCCUGCUGUUCUGGGCGGUUCACGCCGGACGAGAACGGCAGACCGACACGGUCUCCUUACAGAUGUUUAAAGAAGAACGCGGCGUUCAACAACCCGACGUCGUUGAAGAACUGCGGAUCACCGCGAGACAAUUUUCGCUCGCGGAAGGAGGUGAAUAAUGCGGCGGGCGGCGCCAAAUCGUUUUCGAAUAUCCACGAGCGGCUGGCGGACUUGAGAUUGAUCAAUAAUGAUCCGGCGCAGCCAGCGUUAUCGUCGAGAACCGGAACACCGGGAGACACUACCGGUUGUGUAGUGAAAAAGGCGGCGAGAAGUAUUGAAUCGCGUGGAAUUAACGUACCGCCGAAAAAGUGGACGAGUGUAACGGAGCGCGCGGCGGAGGCGAAGACGACCCGCUCGUCCGUGUUUAAGAAACGCUCCGUUCAGGCGACCGUCACCGACCCCCGUGACGAUUCGUCGGCGAAGAGACGUCUCGUGUUGUCCGCCCCGGACGCCGGGUACAGCCGGUCGUCGGCGCGUCAAACUGUACCAGCGAAGUCGGCCGUACGACCGCACGCCAACGUGCCCAAGUACAGUGCCACACUCCCCGACGCAGGUACGUGAAGUGUAACGCAAUGAUCCGUCAACUGAAAUAACUUUUGUUCUAAUCGAAAGCGCCCUUUUUUUAAACGAUUACUCGAGCCUCGCGCUGUAUGUCUUCUAUCUAUCCAUCUAUUCGUCCACUAUGGUAAUAACAAUAUAAUACAUAAUAAUUAUACGGAGUGAUCGACGUGUCAUUAUCUCCGGAAAACAUUUUUAUUGAUAAAAAACGAUAAUAAUUUCCGGAAUGUACAAAGUGUUUACGAUAGAUUGAUCGCUGUGUACAUGUAAAUGUGAAAAUGGACAUCUUUGUCACGCGUGUUCUCUGAAACUACUCGAUCGAUUUUUACGCGGUUUUUCGCAAAAUGAUUCUCAUUGUCCGGGGAAGGUUUUAAACUAUUGAAAUCUUCAUGAUCUGACCAGCAUUGAAAGUAGUAGACCUAGCCUAACGACGACUAGACCAUCGUUGGGUAGCUAAUAAUAAAAGGCUAAAACGUUUUUAACUAUGUCAAAAAGAGAAACUUGCUUCGAGUCCUGAGCCAGGGUUAAAACGGGAAGGAAACCGACGAUUAUAAUUUUUUUUUAAUAUACCUGUAAAUUAACCUAACAUAAAGAUAAACAUUUAUUGCAUGGACAAAGCCGGGCGGGGACAGCUAGUUUUAUAUAAGUCUAAAAAUAAAAUAUUGUUUUCACAACCCGAUAUAGCUAUUGUAAAUAUAUUUUCAAAUACGAUAUUUUUAUAUGGAAAAUAUUUACUAGUGAUGAAUUGUUAAAUUUCUAACAUUUUUGAAAAACGUUAAACACAAUUUUUGUUUAUGAAAAAAUUGGUAAAUAGAUUGAUAUUAUCUUUAAUACAAGUUAACGAAAGUUAAAAUUGUUUUCAUUGCCACUAAUAAAUAAUUUUUAUUGAUUCCCUAAUUUUUCAUGAAAAAUAAUUUUGUUAAUGAUUCUGAAAUUGUAGAAAUGUAAGGAUUCAUCAUUAGAAAAUAUUUUUAUAUUUUUAUAUCAAAAUAUUGUAUUUUAAAAUCUAUUUUUAAUAGCUCUUUUGGUUUUCGUAAAAAUAUUUUAUUUUUUACUUUUAAAUUUAUAAAAAACAUAAAAAAAAGAAUUGUAACGCAAGGCUCUUGUAAUUAUUAAAAUAAUAAAAACCUAAAAAUAUUGGUACGAACAAAAGUUAUUUUAGGUGGCAGAGUUUAUACUGUUUUCAAGUUUUUUAAACUUUUAUUAAGUUUUAUACGGAUACAGUUAUUUUAGCCGAACAGAAAUGUUUUUACAUUUUACACUAGGUUCAUCACAAACAUAUUUUAUGUUAAAAAAAAAAAAAAGUUGAGCGUAAUUUAAUCGUUUUUUUCCGUUAACAUUUUAUAUGUUCGAAUAUUAACGUAAAUCGCAUUUCAAAACAUUUCUAAUCGAACUUUCCUCAGAAUUGUGUUUCGUAGCACUCGCGUCUCCAGUAUCAGCACUCUUUUAACUUUAUAAAUUGAUGAUUUCUUCGAUUGUUUAACAUAUUUAACAUAUAUUUAUUGUAAUUUUAUGGUCGGUGUUAUAGAAAAGAAAGCUAUGUAUAAUACCGCCGAAGCUCGAUUUAAGCAUCGCAAAUCGUAUGUUAUACGGAAUUCCCAAUCUGAUUCUGUAUACAAACCGGAUUCGAACAUCAACUACACGAGUGGAGAUAAGAUGGUAAAAAUAAAACAACAAAAUAUCAAACAAUACAAUAACGAACAUACGAUCGAAAACAUUAAGCAAAAAUGGUUUCAACCCGUAAACAAAACACGGAUGGCGGAACAAUGUGGAUUUUACGGUAAACGAAAUUCCAAAUCAGAUUCUGUAUUCAAAUGCAAUUCUAAUAUCCACAAAAAUACCGACAACAAAAGUGGAGAUCAGAUAGUAAAUAAGAAACAGAGACAUAUCAAACAGUAUAAUAACGAGAAUACUAUUGAAGACAUUACAAAAAAAUGGUUUCGUCCCGUAAACAAAACAUGGAUGAUGGAGAAAUGCGAAAAAAUGCAUUUAUCAAUCAAUUUCAAAAGCACUCAAAUACACGCAACGACAGCGAAACAAUUUAAGUUAUUGACCGAACCAAAGUAUUCACUUGAUGUAUUGCCUGAUGGUAACUGCUGGUACCGGUGCAUUUCAAUAUACGUAACCGGAAGUCAACAUUACCACGAGCUUAUCAGAAUGCACCUGUAUGAGGUAUAGUACCUAUAACGGAUUAGAUAACAAAUUUAAUAGUAAUUAUAUAUUGUUACAGCGACACAGCGUCUCAGACGCUGUGUCCGUAAUACUCGGUAUUUAUAGUUCGAUAUAAAUGAUGAAUAUGUUUCACGCAUUUUUCAGUAAGUAAAUCGAUAGUAAUUUAAUUUUCCAUGUUUGUGGAAAAUUUGAUUUUUUCCUAUUUUGUUCGGUGUUGGUAUUAGUUUCGCGAUGGUGUGUGUGUGUGUGUGUGUUUUUUUUUCAUAUACUUUGACAUUCCUUUAAAUUUAAUUAAUGACGACGAAAAACACGGGAAAAAACCGCCAGGAAAGGGGGAAUAUUUUUGCGAUUAAAACGUCUGUUAUUUUAAACUUUUUUUUUUUUUUUUUGAUCUGUUUACAUACAAACAUGUCAUCUUACGUAUUUCAAUUUUCAAAAUAGUAAUUUCGUUAAGGAUAUCAUUCUAAAAUGUUUAAUGUCCCGUUUUCGUAUGCGAUCAAAAGAUUCAUAACCGUAAUCGAUUUAAUUUUUACCAUAAGACGCUUAAUCAUUUAUAGUAGGCGAAUAAUUUCUUCGUGGUAUUUGCAUAGAAUAAAAUGAAAACUUGCUUGUUGUGAAAAUCACUUGACAAUUUCAUCACCUAAAUGGUAAUAAUUGAGAUGAUAAACAACUAUUAAUAAGAUAAUAUUUGUCGAAUAUCAUAAUUUGUAACUCUGUAUUUCUAAAUACAUAUACAUAUAUAAUUUUUCAUUUGUUUUUAGUUCGUAAUGAACGAUACCAGAGUGCUCACAUAUUUAGAUGGCGAUUUAAACGAUUAUUUAAUUCAGAAUCCGAUCAAUGUUUGUGGCACAUGGGCUACCGACAUGGACAUAUACGCUACAGCGUUAAUGCUCAACACACAUAUUUAUGUGUAUUCGGAUUAUUACAAUACAUGGCAAUUAUUUGGGAAAAACGGAUUAAUGAGUAGUGUAAACAGAACAGAUAGCUGUUUAUAUAUAUCGAACGUCAACUGCAACCAUUAUAAGGUUGUCAAAGAUGUAAUGUAAAUAUAAAAUACUCUGGAGAAUGUAUGUAAGAAUAUGUAAUACAUUAUUUAAUUCAUGUUCAAUGAAACCGUUAAUACAUUUUAUAAAAAUUUAGUGCUUAUUUUAAUAAUUAUUACAAAGCAAUUAUGCUAAUGUUCGUUAUAUAUAUUUUUCGAAUAUUUACAGCAGUAAAAACUUACAAAUAGUGGACCUAGGAGGUAUGAAAAAACAAGAACAUAUUUGCCCACCUCAGUGAAAUUUAAUACUUUGGUGGGCCGAUUAAUAAAUGAUCGUGGGCCUGAUUUAGCCCAUGGGCCGUAGUAAGUCAUCACUGGUUUAAUUUGUUUAUAAAGACUUUUGACAGUAAACCUAUGUUUGCUUUUUCUAUACGAAGUGAAAUUUUCAAAACAAUUGAUCCAUAAUGGAAGUUUUGUACGUAAUUUGUAUCCGGUUGGUACUCUGUAGAUAAAAUUGUUAGACUGUAUAGAAAUGCUUAAAAAUUGAAUAGGAAGUUCAUUAAAUUUGUGGUCAAAAAAAAAUCGAGCUUUAUGUAGUAUUAUUAAUGGUUUAUCGUUGCAGGGGACAGGUAUAGAUUAAAUAACUUUAUGUGCCCCACCUUUUCUACUACUCACCUACAACCAUGGCCGCACCCAUCUCCAGUAUUAGCUAU